AUGGUGUGUGCGGUGCAAUGGUGUGUGCGGUGCAAUGGUGUGUGCGGUGCAAUGGUGUGUGCGGUGCAAUGGUGUGUGCGGUGCAAUGGUGUGUGCGGUGCAAUGGUGUGUGCGGUGCAAUGGUGUGUGCGGUGCAAUGGUGUGUGCGGUGCAAUGGUGUGUGCGGUGCAAUGGUGUGUGCGGUGCAAUGGUGUGUGCGGUGCAAUGGUGUGUGCGGUGCAAUGGUGUGUGCGGUGCAAUGGUGUGUGCGGUGCAAUGGUGUGUGCGGUGCAAUGUGUGUGCGGUGCAAUGGUGUGUGCGGUGCAAUGGAGUGUGCGGUGCAAUGGAGUGUGCGGUGCAAUGGUGUGUGCGGUGCAAUGGUGUGUGCAGUGCAAUGGUGUGUGCAGUGCAAUGGUGUGUGCAGUGCAAUGGUGUGUGCGGUGCAAUGGUGUGUGCGGUGCAAUGGUGUGUGCGGUGCAAUGGUGUGUGCGGUGCAAUGGUUUGUGCGGUGCAAUGGUGUGUGCGGUGCAAUGGUGUGUGCGGUGCAAUGGUGUGUGCGGUGCAAUGGUGUGUGCGGUGCAAUGGUGUGUGCGGUGGAAUGGUGUGUGCGGUGCAAUGGUGUGUGCAGUGCAAUGGUGUGUGCAGUGCAAUGGUGUGUGCAGUGGAAUGGUGUGUGCAGUGCAAUGGUGUGUGCAGUGCAAUGGUGUGUGCAGUGGAAUGGUGUGUGCAGUGCAAUGGUGUGUGCAGUGCAAUGGUGUGUGCAGUGCAAUGGUGUGUGCGGUGCAAUGGUGUGUGCGGUGCAAUGGUGUGUGCGGUGCAAUGGUGUGUGCGGUGCAAUGGUGUGUGCGGUGCAAUGGUGUGUGCGGUGCAAUGGUGUGUGCGGUGCAAUGGUGUGUGCGGUGCAAUGGUGUGUGCGGUGCAAUGGUGUGUGCUGUGCAAUGGUGUGUGCGGUGCAAUGGUGUGUGCGGUGCAAUGGUGUGUGCGGUGCAAUGGUGUGUGCAGUGCAAUGGUGUGUGCAGUGCAAUGGUGUGUGCAGUGCAAUGGUGUGUGCAGUGCAAUGGUGUGUGCAGUGCAAUGGUGUGUGCAGUGCAAUGGUGUGUGCGGUGCAAUGGUGUGUGCGGUGCAAUGGUGUGUGCGGUGCAAUGGUGUGUGCGGUGCAAUGGUGUGUGCAGUGCAAUGGUGUGUGCAGUGCAAUGGUGUGUGCAGUGCAAUGGUGUGUGCAGUGCAAUGGUGUGUGCAGUGCAAUGGUGUGUGCAGUGCAAUGGUGUGUGCAGUGCAAUGGUGUGUGCAGUGCAAUGGUGUGUGCAGUGCAAUGGUGUGUGCAGUGCAAUGGUGUGUGCAGUGCAAUGGUGUGUGCAGUGCAAUGGUGUGUGCAGUGCAAUGGUGUGUGCAGUGCAAUGGUGUGUGCAGUGCAAUGGUGUGUGCAGUGCAAUGGUGUGUGCGGUGCAAUGGUGUGUGCGGUGCAAUGGUGUGUGCGGUGCAAUGGUGUGUGCGGUGCAAUGGUGUGUGCAGUGCAAUGGUGUGUGCGGUGCCUGGUGGCAACAACAAGCCACUCACAACGCUGCUGGACCUGCCACCCCUCUGCAGAAGAACACACAUGAGGAGGGCACAGGAGGGCAGGUGAGGGAAGAGGAGGACAGGGAAGGGGAGGGGAGGGAUUAUGAGGGCAGGGAAAGGCAGGGGAGGGCAGAUGGAUUGCAAAGAGGAGAAACGCCAGGCCUUGGUGUCACAGCAUUCAGAAAAAAGACCCUGUGCAAUCACAUUGACACUAACCCCCUGCGCAUGUGCCUGCAUUCACAGGAACACCACCCAUCACACGCAUCUAGAGGCCCCACGCACAUCUAG